AUGAAGUUCUCUCUCCUAGCGCUCUCGGCAGCGUAUGUUGCUGCCUCAGUCGCCGAAGCGAUCCCCGCUCCCCGACCACACGAAAAUGGGCCGAGAUAUUAUUUUCCGAGGGUGGUGAAACGACAAGUCUUCGUCAACGAAACGGCGACCUCGGAUACGGCUUCCAGUAGCCAGUCAUCGAGCGCAGGCGGUCUUCUCGAUGGCUUGAUUGGCGCACUCAACCCGUCCACGUCGGACAGUGCAUCCACAACACCACAAUCGACGCGGAAUGAUGGCGGUCUGGGACUUGUUGAUACAACUACUCCGGAUACCCAAACGACCGGAGAUCAAGUUGCCACUGCAGACACAGACACUGCGUCUGGCACCCCGACAGGCCCUGUCAUUGGACUCGACACAAACACUGCCAGUGCCUCGCAGUCUGUGGGUGUCGAUACAAACACGGGAGGCACGCCCACCGCUUCCAGCAGCGGCGGACUGCUCGCCCCAAUCGUCACUCCUAUCGUGUCGGGUGUUGAUUCUGCUGUUGAUGGCGUUACUUCAGUCGUUGGCGGCGUUACUUCCGACUCGGGCAACAUCGGUACAACCGCCGUUCAGCCUACGGUGACAGACAACACAGAUGCUACUGUGCCUACUGUUGGUCCUACCGGUGGCCAGACUGACACUGCCCCUGGCACAAGUGGUGGGCUCUUGCCUGGCGUUUCUUCUGUGAUCUCUGACAUCGGGAACACGCUUACCGACAUCGGAAAUACACUCACUAACAUUGGCACUGUCCUCCCGACCCCUACCUUCUUCCCGACCACGCAGGCACCACCAGUCUCCGACCCUAAUGAUGGGGCUACCAACCCCGGCAGUGGAAUUAACUUGCCAAUCACCACUCCAGACUUGCCUAUCACGACGCCGGACCUGUCAAUUACGACUCCACUCCUACCAACAGCGGGAACAACUACAGGCGUACCUGAUGACAACAAUCCACCUACCACUCCAGGCUCACCUAGCACUACUGCCCCGCCGCCAGACAACACUGGUAAUCCCUCCACCACAGUUCCUCCAGCAGAGAAAACUGAAACACCGCCGACCAUCCCGCCAACGGACCAACCGACACUGCCACCGGUUGCGAACGAUACCCAAACUGCGGUCCCUACACUAACGCCAACCUUCACUCCACCCGUGAUUCCUGCUACCACAGAGCCAUCUGCUCCCCCGUCUGAGCCCCCGCAGAGCAUCGUACCUACCGGCACCGACAAUGCUACCGCCAUUGUGCCCGGAACCACCAUUCAAACCGCGCCGCCACCCUCCAACACGGCAACAGACACCGAGGCGGCUCCGACUUCCCAAGCCACCACUAUGCCUUCCAAUGUUCCGAGAGUCAUUACUCCUGAGGGCGGCGUGCCUGUAGCUCCCGAGGGAUCGCAGCUGAUCCAGAUCGCGUUCAAGGAGCCCUUGCACUACGAGUUCGUUGUUGGCUCGCAGCUCGCAAUAAAUCAGAUAUUUACAUAUUUACCCAUUGGUGUUGCUGACGGUCUCAACGUCACUACAAGCAAAAUGGUGAUGCAAUAUCUGCAGCCCUACAAUACGCUCGCCAGCAAGCAUUACAUCACUACCCUAGCCAUGGCCUUUAUUCCAGCGACCGAUGUCGACAAGCUGUCGGUGGAAAUGUUGAACACGAACUCCGCGCUCUACGAUAAUCCUGAUAAGUCGGUCAAGACCCUCAUGGACAUGGUUGAUCCGACCGUCCCGCUCCUGGCUGGGCAAGGCCUUAGCCCUGGAGGUACCCCAGUCAACGCCGGUGAUGGCAACGCGAAUGCCAAUGCCAAUGAUGGCGAGGACUCUGCUCCCGGAUCCGACAACGGGGGCCAAGCCGGUGUGCGGCCUUCUUCGGUUGGUAUCGCCGUUGGCGCUGUUGCCGGUGCGGCUGUCUAUGGUGCCGCCAUGUUCCUUGUUGCUCGAAGGUACAAGAAACGCAAGGCUGCUCACCAAAGGGCUAGCAGUGUCCAAACCGAUGAGACCCCUCGUCCUGGUGAGGGCAGCAACCUGAUGGCUGGUGCUCGUAACAGCUACGGCAGCCGUAUGGCUGGCAGGAUGGGCAGUAACAACGGCCGUGGCUCGCGAAACAGCGACCGCAGCGACGAGUCUGGCCGAAGCGGCCGUACUUACAUCAGCCCUCCAGUCAUGGCAGAGAAUUCCCUUGGCUGGAACUAA